ACUUUUGACAUUUAAAAUAAUCAGUAUUACUUACAUUGCCGUUUAGUAUACAAAAGAGUUAGAACGUAGAAUCAAAUUGUUUCUUUCUUCUUCAAUAUUUAAAUCAAAAAUGAAAAUAAAAAUUCUUCUUUUUUUCACUAUUCUCGCACUAAUAAACGUUAAAGCGCAAAAUGAUAUUUCAAAAUUUUUAAUGGAUAGACCAUAUGUACAAAAACAACUUCAUUGUAUUUUGGAUCGGGGACAUUGUGAUGUAAUUGGAAAGAAAAUUAAAGAAUUGUUGCCAGAAGUAUUGAACAAUCAUUGCAAUCGAUGCACGUCACGACAAGUUGGAAUUGCAAAUACAUUAAUACCUUUUAUGCAACAAAAUUAUCCCUAUGAGUGGCAGUUGAUUCUACGACGUUAUAAAAUAAUGAAAUAUUAUUAUAAUAAAGGAACGAGUUUCAAUUACAAUAUGAAGAUUUAUCUUUUACUAUUUGUCUUGGUCACAAUUACUUGUGUAAUAGCGGAAGAUUAUACGACCAAAUAUGAUGAUAUGGACAUUGACAGAAUUCUGCAGAAUGGUCGUAUCCUCACUAAUUAUAUUAAAUGUAUGUUGGACGAAGGACCAUGUACUAACGAAGGUAGAGAAUUAAAAAAAAUAUUACCUGAUGCUCUAUCUACAGGUUGCAAUAAGUGCAAUGAAAAACAGAAACAUACAGCAAAUAAAGUAGUAAAUUAUUUAAAAACUAAGAGACCAAAAGAUUGGGAACGACUUUCCGCAAAAUAUGAUUCUACUGGUGAAUAUAAAAAGCGUUAUGAACAUGUAUUGCAAUUUGCAAAAAAUAAUUAAACUUAUAACAUCUAAAGAAUAAAUUUAUGAAGAAAUUUAUAUAAUGAAAAUAUAAUAAAGCAAUCUAAUUUACGUAUA